GCAGUCCAGGAAAAUUCCAGCCCGUGCACAUUCCAGCUCCUGCACCCAUCUGCCUACCACCCUGGUACACACAGACUCCCAGACUCACUUUGGACCUUCACCACUGCAUGCUCGCCAGCCUCUCAUUGCACCCUUGGCUUCUGCCACCUCGCCCCAUAACCCCAAAGCUGCACCCCAGCCCUGUUAUCCCGCCCACCAUGUCCCUGGGGCCACUAAAAUUCCAGGCAGUGGGCGAAGAGGAUGAAGAGGAGGAGGAGGAGGAGGAGAGCCUGGACUCUCUGAAGGCGCUGACUGCCAAGCUGCAGCUGCAGACCCGGCGCCCUUCCUACCUGGAGUGGACGGCCCGAGUCCAGAGCCAGGCCUGGCACGGGGCCCGAGCCAGACCUGGGCCCGGGGGGCCUGGAGCCAUCUGCGGCUUCGACUCAAUGCACUCAGCCCUCGAGUGGCUCCGCCAGCAGCUGAGGGAGAUGCAGGCUCAGGAUCGGCAACUGGCGGGGCAGCUGCUGCGGCUGCGGGCCCAGCUGCACCAGCUGAAGGUGGACCAGGCCUGUCACCUGCACCAGGAGCUGCUGGACGAGGCCGAACUGGGGCUGGAGCUGGAGCCCGGCGCUGGCCCAGGCCUGGCCUCUCCGCUGCGGCACCUCGGCCUCACGCGCAUGAACAUCAGCUCCCGGCGCUUCACCCUCUGCUGAGAAGCACCUGAGGCGCUCCCCGGGGCCACCCACUGCCUCUUCUUCCCCAGCAGGGGGAGAAGGGGUCCCCAGAGGCCUCAG